AUGCCCAGCGCAUCUCAUGGCGCUGUGGAGAAAAUGGCCCUUGGAACAUGGGCUAGCGAUGCAAUACAACAGCCCCAGAACUAUCCUGAGCUGUCACGUCACCUGGAGCCAGAAAAGGUUCAGCGACGAAGUGGUUUCUUCGUUGUUGGUCGCAAGCUUCAUUUUUGCCCACUAUUUACGACAGGGAGGGAAAAGGAUCAUGGUAUUGAAAUAUAUCCACUAGACCUUAGAAUACAAGAUUUCAUAUGGUAA